UUAGACACGUAUUCGGCCGAUGCCGGUUCCGUUUUGUUUGGUUUUCAUCCAUUUCGUUCGCGCUCAUUCGUGCAACCAAGGAUAAUUUAUCCGAUUUUGUCUGCAAUUUUCAGAUUUGCGAAUUGAAAUAUAACUAUGGCCGACGCUGACGCCGCCGAUGAUCUAUUAGAUUACGAAGACGAGGAGAACCCAGAACAGACCGCAAAUGAAAAUAAUGCCACAGAAGGUCAGAAAAAAGGGGUUAAGGGAACGUACGUUUCCAUACACAGUUCCGGUUUUCGGGAUUUCCUUUUGAAACCGGAGAUCCUCAGGGCUAUCGCUGAUUGCGGUUUCGAACACCCUUCAGAAGUGCAACACGAAUGUAUUCCUCAAGCGGUCAUUGGUAUGGACAUUCUUUGCCAAGCGAAAAGUGGUAUGGGUAAAACGGCGGUGUUUGUGCUAGCCACCCUACAGCAACUAGAACCCACCGAAAACGUCGUUUACGUUCUCGUCAUGUGCCAUACGCGAGAAUUGGCCUUCCAAAUCAGCAAAGAAUACGAACGUUUCAGCAAGUACAUGUCCAACAUCAAGGUCGGCGUGUUCUUCGGGGGCCUGCCCAUCCAAAAAGACGAAGAAGUAUUAAAAAACAGCUGUCCGCACAUCGUCGUCGGAACGCCCGGCCGCAUCUUGGCCCUCGUCAGAUCGAAGAAACUCAAUCUCAAGCACAUCAAACACUUUAUUCUCGACGAAUGCGAUAAAAUGUUGGAGCUACUAGACAUGAGACGCGACGUUCAAGAAAUAUACAGAAAUACACCGCACGAAAAACAAGUAAUGAUGUUCAGUGCGACGCUCAGCAAAGAAAUUCGGCCAGUUUGCAAGAAAUUCAUGCAAGAUCCCAUGGAAGUGUAUGUUGACGAUGAGGCGAAAUUGACGUUACACGGUCUACAACAACAUUAUGUUAAGCUUAAAGAGAACGAAAAGAAUAAAAAAUUAUUUGAGUUACUUGAUGUGUUGGAGUUUAAUCAGGUGGUGAUAUUUGUAAAAUCCGUGCAGAGAUGUGUAGCGUUGGCGCAACUUUUGACGGAACAAAAUUUCCCAGCAAUUGGAAUACACCGAGGAAUGGAGCAAAAAGAACGAUUAUCCAGAUACGAACAAUUCAAAGAUUUUCAAAAGAGAAUAUUGGUAGCCACGAAUCUUUUCGGUCGUGGUAUGGAUAUCGAGAGAGUGAAUAUUGUUUUCAACUAUGAUAUGCCGGAAGAUUCGGACACUUACCUUCACCGAGUGGCUCGAGCAGGUCGUUUCGGUACAAAGGGUUUGGCCAUUACCUUCGUUUCCGAAGAAGGAGAUGCCAAGAUAUUGAACGAAGUACAAGACAGAUUCGAUGUUAACAUUACCGAAUUACCUGAUGAAAUUGAUUUGAGUUCAUACAUUGAGGGACGAUAGUUUCCGAAAUGAUGUGCGUAAAACUAGAUGUAAGAGUUUCCAUUAUUUUAUACUUUUUAUUUGUAUUCUUUGACCUAUGUCUAUGUCAUGUAGAAUGUUUAAUGUGAUUAAAAAUCGAUUAAUUUCUAAUA